CUAUUGGAUGCCGUGCAGCAAAAACAUCGAAGCUAAAUAAAAAGCUGAUCAAAUCGUUCGCUGGCUUAUCGAUUCAAAGGGGAAGCAUCGUUCGAACGGCUUGCUUACCCGUUGAUUAGCUGAGACCCGCGCGGUGAAGAAGGGGGAAUAAUUGUCUCAUCAGGUUUUGUUCGGCGUAUGGCGUACCUGCAUUUGCCAUUCAGCGCUAGCGGGUGUAAUUGGUCUCGCCGUGAGACAGUUGUAACCAUUUUAUUCUUUUAUAUUUCAUGGUUCAGGGUAUAUUUGCUGCUUUCUUUCUUGCUUCCUCGUACUAAGAUCAGUAAGCAUCAAGUUCAAGACUUCGGUAUAAGCCGCAUGUCCUCACAUACAAAGCACACGCAUGCGCAUUAUAGCUCAACUCCCACCGAACCUCCACCUCCAAUCCCGGAAAAAGCAUGGCUUCCCUGCCAACCGACAGCUGAACAUCCCUCUCAACAAACACUCAACAUCUGCUUACUUACACACGUUGUACCAACUAACAUCAAUCUCCUUGCCCAGUGACAUGGCCCAGCAAUAAAGACAAAGAAAGGGUGUUCGAGUCCCAUGUAUUUUGCCGACGUACGUCCUUGAUCCCCAUGCGCUGCAUAAAGAUUGAACCCAAACUACAUUUUAAAAUCCGUAGGUACGUUACAGUAUAAAGCCCCCCCCCCCCCAUGGCUCUCAGCUGCGCGGCAUCUUGCCGAGGUGGGCUGUGCACCUCAUUUUUCUAACCAGG